AUUGUCCAUCCUCGUUUUUGUACAUACGAUAUUAUAUUGCUAGUUGUCUAAUAACUUUGUCGCCAGUGGCACGAUCAUCUUCCCUAAAUGCACUACGUCCACCAUUAACACCAUCCCUCGCGUCUCUUUCGCGUCCUAAUUUGGUCUGUAGACAGUAUAUAACAAUAGCAACUGGAAAAUCAGAGGAACAAAAUUACACUUAUCAAAUUUUCCUUGAAUCCCUUUUGUCAAGGAAAGAAAACCAACAGUUAGAAACAUGGUUCUUAUUAGACACAGAAUGCAACAGCAUCUUAAGCUUGAUCCCCUUCCAGAAUUAGAGAUCGAUGAAUGCGCUCUGUGUCCUUGGUUCCCUAAGCCCAUGUCUGGCACUACGAUUCAAGGGGUGGGGGACUUCUUGGACUUGGAAAAACUCUGCGUUCUAGGCCGUGGUAAUCAAGGCAGUGUCUACAAGGUACGCCACGGGCAAACAUUAGCCAUCUAUGCACUGAAAAUCAUCCAGCAGGGUAUAAAUGACGCUUAUGUAUCCCACGAGACAGAAAUCUUAAAUUGCAUAGACUCUCCUUUCGUCGUCAAAUGUCAUGGGAUUUUUGAGCCACGAGCUGGAGAAAAAGCUAUACUCAUGGAGUAUAUGGAUGCAGGAACACUUGAUACAAUUUUUAGAGCCAACGGUCCCUUCUCUGAGACUUCACUUGCCAACAUUGCCUACCAAGUACUCAACGGCCUCAAGUACCUCCAUGAACACAAUAUUGUCCAUCUAGAUAUAAAGCCUUCAAAUCUUCUUGUCAGCAAGGACAUGAAGGUGAAAAUUGCUGAUUUUGGAGUGAGCAAGAUUGUCCAUGGGACUGGAACUAGGGCUGCCACUAACCAUCACAAUAUGUGUGAGGGUACACAUGCUUAUAUGAGCCCUGAAAGGUUGGACUCGCACACAUUUGGUUCAGGCUAUGUGUAUGCAGGAGAUGUCUGGAGCUUGGGAGUUACUUUAUUGGAGCUAUAUGUGGGGCAUUUUCCAUUUUUUCCAGCUGACAAGAGGCCCAGUGAUUGGAUGGAGCUUGUAUUGGUGGUAUGCUUCGGAGAAUUCCCUAGCUUCCCGAAGGAAGCAUCAGAGGAAUUCAGGAGCUUCAUCAAGUGUUGCUUGGAAAAGGAACCAAGUAAGAGAUGGACAGUCUCACAACUCCUGUCACAUCCCUAUGUUUGCUUGGGGGAGAGAUUGGGGAAGUGACGGUGGGAUAAAUCAAAGCUUUUUCAAGAAUUAAUAAGGUAGGACGCAUUCACUGGUAGCAGCAGCUAGGAGUUUUGAAGAUUGUGUAGUGUAAUUGACCAAAAUAAGAACAAAAUUAAGGGCCUUUUCAGCUUCUUCUCCUUUCUUUCGCCCUUAGCAUUACAAUGAAUUUUUGUUUUUGUUUUUGUUAGUCUGGCUUAAUUACAAAAACAGAAGUUGAAAUAAAGUCGGGGAAUUUCUAACCCUAUUUAUUGAACUUAA